AUGAGCGCCGAGCAACCAGACACAGAAAUGGCCCCGGCGCCUCCUCCCCCCCCCACGGAGACGGAGCCCAGCCGCGACUCCGAGGCGACGCCCACGCCCGCGCCAGCACCAGACGUCAACGAGAACGUCGCCCCGGGCCCGCGCGCGACGCGCCUCCGCGCCCUCUACGGCCAGGCGCUGCAGCACACACUGGGGAAGCUGGCGUGGGAGAACUUCGCCGCCUGCUACCCGACCAUCUCGAGCCGGUCCGAGGGGGUGCUGCGCCAGGUGCAGGGCCAGAUGGUCGGGAAGCUGGGGGAGAAGUGUCAGAAAGAGUUCGACAACAUCAUAGUAUCCAGACAAGUCGUCCCGAAACUCAACGAGCUCGAGUCCCUCAUCGCCGACGCCUCGAAGCGCCGCGCCGAAUCGGACGAUUCCGUUCCCGAUCCCACACCACCGCACCUCCUCCCCCCCUCCCGCAUCCUCUCCGCCCACCUCACCCCCGCCCUCAUAGCCCACCAGUCCCAGCUCAACGCCCGCCUCCAGACGACCCAGUCCCAGAACGCCCUCCUGCACGAGGAGAUACUCCGGCAGCAGGGGGAGGUGGAGGAGCUCAUGAGCCAGCUCGACGCCCUCGUCGCCGACGUCAAGGGCGCCAACGGCGCCCUCUCCGAGGUGGCGGACCUGCUCGCCGCCGAGUCGCGUGAGGCCGAGGCGGCCAUCUCUGGGACUAAGAACGCUGCUGCUGAGAGUUGA